UCCCACCCUCCAUUCCAGCCAAAUGUCUUCCUCAAUCUCUCUUGAUUCAGCAUCUACCCAACAACUCAUAUCCCUCAAUGCUUCCUCUCAAAUCCCUCUGAAACUCUCACAAGACGGCUCUAACUACUCUUCAUGGAAGGCCCAAAUCACUAAUUUAUUCUUUGGAUACGAUCUCCUAGGAUUUGUGGAUGGAAGCAAUCAGAAACCAGACAAAUCCUCACCUACAUAUCAUUUCUGGACUAGGCAAGAUCGGCUUGUCCUACUUGCUAUUCAAUCCACCGUAUCAAAUACGGUCAGUCCAAUUAUCAACAGCUGCACCUCUUCUGCUGAUGCAUGGCAGAAGUUAGAAUCUAGCUUUGCAAACAAGUCCACAACCCGUAUGCUCUCUCUACUCAACAGCCUUGCUACAACUAAAAAGGCUGGAAAACCAGUGAUGGAAUAUUUCACCAUCAUGCGUGGCUUCAUAGAUGAUUUGAUUACCAUCAAUCAUCCUCCUUCCGAUGGACAAAUCAUGUCCUAUAUCCUAUCUGGUUUUGGUUCAGAAUACAAAGAAAUUGUUGGAGCCCUACGAGUGCAGCGUGUUCCUCUAUCUUUUGAGGAUCUCCGUGAUCAUUUUCUUCAUGCCGAAAUGCUGGCCGGAGACACUACUGAAACACCUAUCACAGCCAAUUAUACUCAGCGUCGGAACUAUAACAAUAACUAUCACGGUCGCGGUGACAAUAGUAACCGAGGUCGUGGUGGUCGAGGCCACCCACGUCAGUCUGGCAGCUCUUCCUCUUCUCAACAAUCUUAUCGGCAUGGUGAUUCUCAUACGGCCUUCUCCGGAUCUCCUUCUCAGCGCCCAAUUUGUCAAUUAUGUGACAAAAGUGGUCACACCGCCAGACAAUGCCACUCCAGAGGUGUGUUUUCUCCAACUGCACAUGUGGCAGAUAGCCUACCUGAUUCCGGUAACAAUCAAAAUUGGCUAUUGGACACGGGUGCCACGCAUCAUAUAACCUCCGACUUAAACAAUUUGGCUAUUCAUUCCGACUAUAAUGGCAAUGACUCAGUUCUCAUGGGAAAUGGAUCUAAAGACCGGGGUAUUCUUGGCCCGAGGCCAGAGUAACAACAAUCUCUACACAUGGCCCUUCCCCUCUCCACCAUUAGCAGCCACAGCCACCACCCACUUAUGGCAUCAAAGGCUUGGUCAUCCCAAUUCUACUGUUCAGCGUCAUAUUCUCUCCACAAAUAAAUUACAAUGCUCUCCCGAAAAAUCAGUUUGCUCUCCUUGUCUUCAAGCAAAAAGUCAUAAACUACCAUUUCAUGUUUCUUCAAUAAAUUGUACUAGGCCAUUUGAAUUUAUUUAUUCUGAUGUAUGGGGGCCACCUCCUAUUUCUGCCAUUAAUAAUACCAAAUAUUACGUAAUCUUUG